AUGUACUUCAGGCCCGAUGCCGAUGCGGUGUAUGCCGCAGUUCAUGAGAUCGACCUUACGAACGUGGGGUCUUUUAUUGCACGUUACCCCAAGCCGGAUGAUGUGGUUCCAGUUACGGAAGAAGAGGGAAUGGAGCUUGAUGAAUGUUUUAUCGGGGCCUGCACUACCACCGAGGAAGAUCUGAUCCUCGGUGCUCUAGUCAUGGAACAAGCAAUGAAAAGAGGAUUAAAGCCUACCGCAAAGGGGAAGAGGAAGGUCGUCCCCGGUUCAAUACCGAUACUGUAUCGCUUAAGUGAACUGGGGUUAUACGAUAUAUACGCAGACGCAGGAUUUGAGAUCGGGAUCCCUGGGUGUAGUUAUUGUGUGGGAAUGUCAGCCGAUCAGGCCGCCCCAGGAGAGGUCUGGAUUUCCUCUCAGAAUCGAAAUUUCGAAAAUCGGAUGGGCAAAGGUUCGAUUGGUCAUCUCGCCUCUGCAGCCACUGUCGCAGCAUCAUCAUUCAAAAUGAAGCUAGUCGAUCCUGGUGAUCUGCUUGCUGCGAUUGAUUCGAGCGGACGGGGCCAGUUCAGAACAGCAAGUAUACACUUGGAUGCAACUAACUCAAAGAGUGACCUGACAUAUGUUGAGCCAUGUGAUUGUGGUGAUUAUUCUAUUGCCGUGACCGAAACGUAG